GGAAUGUUUACUGCCUCGUAUAAAUUACAGCUCAUGACAAAACGAUCUAAAAUCGUUCAUGUGGAUCAACUUUAUAGGACGAAUAAUUUGGCGGGAGGAAAAUUAAGCUCAGAUUUACUGAUACAUAUCUUGGAUAGAUGUUUGUGUUCCAGUUCCACUCUGGUUACUAACUGUCAACUAUUAGAAAGCGCCUUCAAGACGAUUGCUUAUAAUGAACUGCAGGAUCGUUGAGGGAAUAAUUUGUACUGCGAUUGACUCCGAAGUGAACUGUCCGUGCGAUGAGUGCAAAAAGAGACAUUUUUGUAAUGGAAUUUCCUUCUUCUUCCUGAAAGAUAAAUUUUGGGUUGAAACUGUUUCUGAAGAAGAGUUAUUUCAAAGAUUAAAGACUCUUAAUCCACAGUUUGAAUUUCAGCGUGAUACCCUCCACCACACUAUUCGUGAUUGUUUUAAUUUUGGAGAAGUGGUAGCUGAUAUCCAGUACGCCGUUGGAGAAUCUGUAAUAACUUGGACUAGUGAUGCUGUUGUUCCUGUCUCUUCUGUGUUGCAUUAUCAUGUUAUUUUGCCACUUUCAUUUGCACUAGAAUCACUUUGUAAAAAGCAAGAUUUACUCAAUAACAAGUUGUUGGCUUUAAAUCAUCAUGCAAAUCGGCUUCAUGAAAAACUAAUGCUUCCAAUGGGUGAAGACUUGAAAAAGGAAGACGUGGAUCUGGAUUUUAGUUAUUCAUAUAACUUUUCAAAAGGCUUACUUUCUUCGUCCUCUACUCAACAUCUUUUUUGUGAGGCAUCUAAACAUUUAUUCACUUCUAAAAUCGAAAAUAUGUGUACUUCACCGGUACAACAGAAACAGCCUACACGUGAAAUAAUAUCAAGUAAUUCAAACUCUGAAGAUGUUCAGGAAACAGAAGAGAAACGAAGAAAUGAAUUACAAAAAAAGUUAGCAAAUAAACUGGGGAAGUUCAAAAGUAAAAAAUUAGAAAGACGUGGAAUACUUCGGAAGUGAUAAAAAAAAAUUUGUUUUUUAUUAAUCAUAAAAACUCUAACUUGCCUUUUUUCUCCUGGUUGCUUAUUAAUAGCAGAAGUUGAGAUAUCGGGUAUUCAUUGUUGGGUAAUUGUCUUUCGGAAUUCAGUAAGUUACAGAAGUAGUUUGAGUGUUAGCACCAUUUUGCACUCACUUAUGCACAACUUACUUCGGUAAGAUUCUGUUUCUAACAAUAUUUUGAUAAUCGUUCUAAAUCAUAGGGAAUGGUACUCCAAGUCGGAUGUAACACAGAAAGCGUAUUACUUACUUUACUUAUGCCUGCUACUGCUCGUAAGCAUAAACUGCCGACCAGAAAUCUCCAACCAACUCUGUCCUUCCCAAGUGCCAUUCAUUCUUUUAAUAUCUGCCUCCGAUCCCUGGCACGAUGUGUUCUUUGGUCUUCCUCUUUUCCUUUUUCCGUUAGGGCUUGCCUUAUGAUGCAAUUUAACCAUUUCCGUAAAGUGUAACUUAUCCACUUCCAGCAUAUUUAUGAGUGAAUUGAUUCUUGUGACGUUCGAUGUACUUUUUAUUAUGUAAAGCUGUCCACUAAGAGUAUAAGAUACUCGUAAAUUAUUAGUAUUUGAUCACAGAUGUCCUAGAAAUAUUGCCAACAUCUGAGACCACUGGGUAAGUAAUAGUGGGGUUAGACGCAUGCUAUUGGGGAAUGAUGGUAAAUCAGUUGAUGAGGUUGUGAAUCUUCAUCAAGCUGGUUGGGUCAAGUUUUACGCAUACCUGAGCACCGAUUACCACGGCGCGCAAUGCUGACUAGUGUUGGAGACUAUUAGAAGAGAGUUAGGGUCAGCCGAACCAAAACGUGGCAUCAGUCCAUACAGUCACUAACUUCUGGUCCGGUAGAUGCAAACAAUCGCAACCAAUAGUUGGAGACUCUGGGUGACAAUGGCAUAAGUGCAUACACUCUUUAUCUUCCCUUAAA